AUGGCCCUUCGUAAUGAUACGCUGCCCGACAAUUCCAACCCUCUCGAAUACAUUAGGAGAGAAUCUCUCGAUAUAUUCAAUCGACUUCAUUCUAUCGAAGAAGAUGUCGAGUUCGUAAAACGAGUGCAUGCCGCGUACAAAGACACGCCGUUCCUGCCAAAUCUGCGGUGUGGGGCUUGGUACACAGACCCUUCAUUAGCCACUGAUGUUCCCGCCUACUUCAAGUCCACCGAUGGGCAUUUCAACAAUUGGAGCUUCAACCUUCGUCGCGCCAAUCUUCAUUUACUUCCUCUGAUUCUCAAAUGCUACGGCAUAAUUCUAAUCGAUUCUACUCGUGCAGGGAAACGCAUCCCCGAUGCUCUGUCAAAAACCGUGCCGAUAUGGUGUGCAGUAAUCAAUCGAGCUUUGCUUAUCCGCCAUCCGGAACAAAUUCGUGACAGAGAACACCUCUCCUGGGAUAUCUCUCUAUACACCCCCCCAGUAGCUGUCAGUAUGCAAGAACAUCAUCAAAUUGAGCUGCGCCUCGACAGGUGGGCUCAUGUUUUAGCGGCCUCCUCUUUUGAGCUGCCAGUGUUGCCUGGUCCUUUAAGACCAUUGUGGAUAACUCCUGCUAGCUCCGCCUUCCCAAGAUUUCCGGACGUACGAGCUGGACAGCGCGAAUUUCUUCCUGUUGUAUGUGUGUCUGCCUCGAGACAAGUUGACCAGGGCGUCGAACGGCGUACAAGUGGGUUUUCAUAUGUUCAAGGGUCAGGAGAUGAUCAUGAGCUUUGGGGUAUGGGCUUGACUCCAGCAAUGUUCUGGACACACCGCGAUAAUUUGCUGUCAGCAGGUCGUUUAGAGUUGCCUGAACUUGUGUCCGCCAUCGUAUCUCAAGAAGCCUCAUCAUUUCCUUCUGAGAUAAAAUCCCCAACUCCCAUAGAAAGGGUUGAAGGCCGAGUUCUUAUUUGCACAUUGACAGAUGUCCCGGCGUCGCUACCCCAUCCCGUAGGGCUUGCCGAUGUCUAUGUGACUUUGACGCCCAGCGCAGAACCUCCACCCUCGAAUCGCCACAAGCUCUAUGUCCCAGUCCUAGCGGGAAAGAGGGGUCAAGCACAUUUUCUGCGAAUUGUUCUACCUACGACGUCCAGGUUUAUUCGCGAACACUUACAUAACGGAGAAACUGUGUGCAUCGCUUGCGAAUCUGGGAAAGACUUGAGUGUCGGCGUUGCCCUUGCUGCCUUGCAAUUAUUCUUCAGGGACGAUGGAACCUUCAGAGACCUGGGGACCGUUUCUUUCGAGAAGGAUAUGACUGCGAAAGCUUUCAGCAAGAAUAGCAUCCGCACCAGGCUUGAAUGGAUAAUAGCCAGUAGGCCACAGGCGAAUCCAUCUCGAGCGACUCUCAAGCGCGUCAAUGAAUUUCUGCUCAGCCCACCGUCUUUCCGCACAAGCCCCCGAGUCGAUGUUAGCUAG